AUGUCGGAAUCAGCGUUAGCUACAAGGUCGAAAUGGGAGGUUCUCAUGCCCGUUAUCGUAUGCGGCUCCGGUCUGUUCUCGGACGGUUACCUCAAUGGUGUCAUUGGUACCGUUAAUACGCUUUUGGGCCGUCUCUACGGCGAAGAAUACAAGAACAGCCCGGCACAAUCAAACGUCUCCUCGAUCGCCUUUGCUGGUACAAUCAUUGGUAUGCUGGCCUUUGGUUGGAUCAGUGAUAACUGCAGUAGAAAAGUUGGCAUGGUUGCCUCAACAAUUAUCUUGAUAAUAUUCGCCACACUCUGCGCCGGUGCAUAUGGUGCCAAUGGCUCCGUCGGUGGACUUCUCGCCGCCCUUACCGCAUACAGAUUUUUACUUGGUAUUGGUAUUGGAGGAGAAUACCCAGCUGGCUCUGUUGCAUGCUCUGAAGCUACCGGUGAGAUCAAGAGUGGACACCGUAAUAGGUGGUUCAUUAUCUUCACCAACGUUAUGAUCGAUUUUGGAUUCGUCAUUGCGGCUUUUGCUCCAUUGUGCGUUCUCUGGAUCUUUGGAAUGGACCGCUUGAAUAUUGUCUGGCGUGUGUCCCUCGGCCUUGGUGUCCUCCCACCACUUUCGAUCAUGUACCUCCGUACAAAACUCAAGGAACCGGAGCAGUUCAAGAAGGAGACUAUGAAGGAUACUAAGACACCGUGGCUGUUGGUCUUUAAAUAUUAUUGGUGGAGGCUUACUAUUCUCAGUCUUAUCUGGUUCAUCUAUGAUUUCUCUGCCUAUUCUUUCGGUAUCUACGGUUCUUCAAUUCUCUCCAUCGUCAUUGGAGAACAGGAAGCUCUCUACAAACCAUUCGGAUGGAACGUUGUUCUCAAUCUUUUCUAUAUUCCUGGUGCUAUUGCUGGCUCUUUCAUUAGCGAUUGGAUCGGUGCCCGAGAAACCCUCACCCUCGGCCUAACCCUCCAAGGAUUCGUUGGUCUCAUUAUGGCUGGAUGCUACGGAAAACUCGCCACACCCGACCACAUCGCAGCUUUCGUUGUUGUCUAUGGUGUCUUCCUAACCCUUGGUGAAAUGGGUGCCGGUGACAACAUCGGUCUUCUCGCUUCUAAGUCCAGCGCUACCGCCAUCCGUGGUCAAUUCUACGGUAUUGCAGCCGCUAUCGGAAAGCUCGGUGCUUUCGUCGGAACUUACAUCUUCCCCAUUAUCAUCAAGAGUGCUGGUGGCAGUGAUACCGUUAAGGGAAACCAAGCCCCGUUCUGGGUCAGCAGCGCAUUGUGUCUAGUAAGCGCCGCCAUGGCAUGGUUCUGCUUGCCUCACAUCGGACAAGAUACCAUCACCGAAGAAGAUGUCGCUUUCCGAGAAUACCUUACCGCGAACGGAUACGAUACCUCGCAGAUGGGUGUUAAAGAGCUCAGAGGAGAGAAGCUCAACGAUUCGAACAGCGCCGAGGGCGUCAAGGCCACUAUCAAGGAGGAAGAUAAGUUUGAGACCGUCCCAAUGUAA